GUCGUCGUCGUCGCCAUGGCCGGAUGCCGCCCCGCCUGCCCCUGCGCCUCCGCCGCCAGGCUGCUGGCCUCCGCCUUCGCCGCCGCGCACGCAGGUAUCUCCUGCAGUCGCCCUCACUUCCCAGCGUUGGGGAGGCUGGGCCUCUUCGAGACGCAGAUCGUCAGAAGAGCUCCUCUUAGGACCUUUUCCGAAACCCCGGCUUACUUCGCCUCCAAGGACGGCCCCGGCAAAGAUGGAUCCGGAGGUGGAAAUAAGAAAUCCGUCAACGAAGGAGGCGCCAAAAAAUCGGGCUCCGGGAAUUCCGGGAAAGGAGGCAACCAGCUCCGCUGUCCGAAGUGCGGGGACCUGUGCACGCACGUCGAGACCUUCGUGUCUUCCACUCGCUUUGUGAAGUGUGAAAAAUGCCAUCACUUUUUCGUGGUGCUGUCCGAAGCCGACUCCAAGAAGAGCAUAGCGAAGGAGCCGGAAUCCGCGGCCGAGACGGUGAAAUUGGCCUUCCAGCAGAAGCCGCCACCUCCCCCCAAAAAGAUCUACAACUACCUCGACAAGUACGUGGUCGGCCAGUCUUUCGCCAAGAAGGUGCUCUCGGUCGCCGUGUACAAUCACUACAAGAGGAUCUACAACAACAUCCCCGCUAACGUCCGGCAGCAAGCGGAAGUCGAGAAACCCACGUCGCUAACGCCCAGAGAAUUAGAAAUCAGACGCCGAGAGGAUGAAUACCGUUUUACAAAGCUCCUCCAGAUCGCCGGGAUCAGCCCCCACGGCAACGCCCUGGGGGCGUCCAUGCAGCAGCAAGUCAGCCAGCAGGCGCCCCAGGAGAAGCGAGGCGGGGAAGUGCUGGAUUCCGCCCACGACGACAUCAAACUCGAAAAGAGUAACAUCCUGCUCCUUGGACCGACCGGCUCAGGUAAAACCCUGCUGGCCCAGACUCUAGCCAAGUGUCUGGACGUGCCGUUCGCCAUCUGUGACUGCACCACCUUGACUCAGGCCGGGUACGUGGGCGAAGACAUCGAGUCCGUGGUCGCCAAGCUGCUACAGGACGCCAACUAUAACGUCGAGAAAGCCCAACAGGGAAUUGUCUUUCUGGAUGAAGUAGAUAAGAUUGGCAGUGUGCCAGGCAUUCAUCAGUUACGGGAUGUAGGUGGAGAAGGCGUGCAGCAAGGCUUGUUAAAGCUCCUCGAAGGAACGAUCGUCAACGUCCCCGAGAAGAACUCCAGGAAGCUGCGGGGCGAAACGGUGCAGGUGGAUACCACCAACAUCCUGUUCGUGGCCUCGGGCGCGUUCAACGGCCUAGACCGCAUCAUCAGCAGGCGGAAGAACGAAAAGUACCUGGGGUUCGGGACUCAGUCGAACGUGGGGAAAGGGCGCAGGGCGGCGGCCGACCUCGCCAACCGCAGCGGGGAGUCCAACGCCCCCCAGGACCUGGAAGAGAAGGACCGGCUCCUGCGCCACGUGGAAGCCAGGGACCUGAUCGAGUUCGGCAUGAUCCCCGAGUUCGUGGGCCGGCUGCCCGUGGUGGUCCCCCUGCACAGCCUGGACGAGAAGACCCUCGUCCAGAUCCUCACCGAGCCCCGCAACGCCGUCGUCCCCCAGUACCAGGCUCUGUUCAGCAUGGACAAGUGUGAGCUGAACGUUACCGAGGACGCUUUGAAGGCUAUCGCCAGACUAGCCUUAGACCGGAAGACGGGAGCAAGAGGUCUUCGGUCUAUCAUGGAAAAGCUGUUACUCGAGCCGAUGUUCGAAGUACCCAAUUCUGACAUUGUGUGUGUGGAAGUGGACAGAGACGUCGUGGAAGGGAAGAAAGAGCCAGGAUACAUCAGGGCCCCCGCCAAGGAGUCGGCGGAAGAGGAAUACGACUCGGGCGUCGAAGAGGACGGUUGGCCCCGGCAGGCGGACGCGGCCAACAGUUAAACGCCCCCCCCCCCCUCCGCCCCCGCCUCUCGACCCCGCAGAGAAAGAGCCCUCGCGGGGGUUCGAUACGGGGCAGGACUUGGAAUCCCAGCCGCCCGGUCUCACGGGCACCGGGUCGACCCCGAGUCCCCCACGCGGUCCCGAAACUUUUAGGGCGAGACCCGGGAUCGGGGGUCUUGUCGUGGCAUCGCUUUGAUUUAUGCAGCGGACUUCGGCGGCACAGCGUUCAGAGAUCAAAAUGUACAUUAUCCGGUUGAGUUUUUACAACCCCGAAGGAACAGAAAUUCUUAGCCUUCCCAAAAGCAGUCGCGGGGGUCUCGGGGAGCUAAUUUUACAAUAAUGUUACUCUACAGAUGGGGGGG